AUGUCACAGGGAGACACUCUGUCUGCCUGGAUGGGCAUUAAGAAUAUGGCAAAUGCCCCCUUUAAAGGGAGGCAACAUAGCGAUCCCUGCCCGGACGAGAGGUGUGCCUCUACAACCAAUGAACUAAACGAGAUCUUCACCCGCUUUGCCUGUCUGGAGGAGGAUGUCAUGGCAACCGAGAGCGCGCUUGUCAUCAAUGAGGAAGUUGUACAACGAGUGCCUGAUAACAUAAGUGGUCUUGUCUUGAAACACUGUUCCGCUCAGCUGAGCGGUGUCUUCUGCGCUUUCUUCCAGCGGUCCCUGGAUACAUUGGAAAUUCCAUCUCUAUGGAAAAAAAAGAUAUUGUUAUACCUUUCCCAAAAACCUCUCAUCUAUCUGCAUCAAAUGACUACAGACCUGUUGCUCUUACCUCUGUCUUGAUUAAAUAUCUUGAAAAGAUCAUCAAGGUAGACAUAAUCAACACCAAACACCUUCUUGACCACCUCCAAUUUGCAUACCGGUCGGAGAGAGGAACAGAUGAUACCAUCCUUUCGUUCUUACACUACCGGUCACUAGUUUUAGAACACCUACUCAUUCAAGAGUUUCUUUAUUUUUACUAUUUUCUACAUUGUAGAAUAAUAGGGAAGAUGUCAAAACUAUGAAAUAACACAUUUGGAAUCAUGUAGUAACCAAAAAAAAGUGUUAAACAAAUCAAAAUAUAUUUUAUAUUUGAGAUUCUUCAAAUAGCCACCCUUUGCCUCGAUGACAGCUUUGCACACUUGGUAUUCUCUCAACCAGCUUCAUGAGAUCGUCACCUGGAAUGCAGUUCAAUUAACAGGUGUGCCUUCUUAAAAGUUAAUUUGUGGAAUUUCUUUCCUUCUUAAUGCAUUUGAGACAAUCAGUUGUAUCGUGAAAAGGUAGUGGGGGUAUACGGAAGAUGGUCUUUUACCAAAUAGGGCUAAGUCCAUAUUAUGACAAGAACAGCUCAAAUAAGCAAAGAGAAACGACAGUCCAUCAUUCCUUUAAGAUAUGAAGGUCAGUCAAUACGGAAAAUUUCAAGGAUAUUGAAAGUUUCUACAGAGGAUAAGUUCAUUAGAGUUAUUAGCCUCAGAAAUCGGCAAUUAACUGCACCUCACAUUGCAGCCCAAAUAAAUGUUUCACAGAGUUCAAGUAAGACACAUCUCAACAUCAACUGUUCAGGAGACUACGUGAAAUCAGGCCUUCAUGGUCGAAUUGCUGCAAAGAAACCACUACUGAAUGAUACCAAUAAUAAGAAAAGACUUGCUUGGUCCAAGAAACACGAGCAAUGGACAUUAGACCGGUGGAAAUCUGUCCUUUGGUCUGAUGAGUCCAAAUUUGAGAUUUUUGGUUCAAACCGCCAUGUUUUUGUGAGACGCGUUGUGGGUGAACAGAUUAUUUCCGCAUGUGUGGUUCCCACCAUGAAGCAUGGAUGAGGAGGUGUUAUGGUGUGGGGAUGCUUUGCUGAUGACACUGUCUGUGAUUUAUUUAGAAUUCAUCCCAUCUGGUUUGCGCUUAGUGGGGCUAUCAUUUAGUUUUUCAACAGGACAAAGACCCAACACACCUCCAGGCUGUGUAAGGGCUAUUUGACCAAGAAUGAGAGCUGCAUCAGAUGACCUGGCUUCCACAAUCACCCUACCUCAACCUAAUUGAGAUGGUUUGGGAUGAGUUGAACCGCAGAGGGAAGGAAAAGCAGCCAACAAGUGCUCAGCAUAUGUGGAAACUCCAUCAAGACUGUUGGAAAAUCAUGCCAGGUGAAGCUGGUUGAGAGAAUGCCAAGACUGUGCAAAGUUGUCAUCAUGGCAAAGGGUGGCUACUUUGAAGAAUCUAAAAUAUAUAUUGUUUUGGUUACUACAUGAUUCCAUAUGUGUUGUUUCAUAGUUGAUGUCUUCACUAUUAUUCUACAAUGUAGAAAAUAGCAAAAAUAAAGAAAAACCUUGAAUGAGUAGGUGUGUCCAAACUUUUGACUGGUACUGUAUAUGUAUUUGUGUGUGUAUGUACAAUUACACAAAUGUAGAAAAUAUUGUAAAAUACAAAAAAACAAAGCAUAUAUACAUUUAAAAAUAAAUAAGAGGUGGCUGUUUUGCCUUGUAUUUAAUUGUUGACAGCCAGUAGUCACCAUAUUUAUAUUGCAGAAGGCGACAGAUUUAAAUUGAUUAUGUUGUGCAACGGAAGUUGUUUUCUGUUGGUGGUGAGCACACUUGUCCAACAAAAACAUAGGAUAUAUUUGUUGUCUUAAGGGGUAAGGUGUUACAGGCUUUGGUUUUUCCAUUUAUGUUUUGAGGCUGGACCUUAGCAGGUAUAGCUCGUUAGCACGUAGGGCGCACCGAUUGGUGUCACCUUGUUAGUCGAUAUGUGUUACAGCUGUGCUGGUUGCCAUCUCGUUAGUGGGAAGGUGUUUCACCUGUGCUGGCCCAGGUGCUAUUUAAGAGUGACUGGCCCAGUGCUUCAGUUGUCUUGAGAUAUGUGGAAGGUCAACACCCUUUUAGUUGGUGCGCCCUACUUUGAUUUCUAGACAAACAAUCCUUUAUCUGAUUUUGUUUUGCGCCAUGUUUUUGAUUUGCUUCCUAUCUUUAGGUUUGGUGUGGGUUUUUCUUUAGUUUGCCUCUUUCGGGCAAAUUUGGUGGGUGUCUUUUAGGUUCUAGUUGUUGUUGCUAGUCAACUUUCAGUGGACAACCCAAUGAGUGUCUUUCAGAACCCCUCCUAAAACCCUGCCUGUUUUGGUUGUUGUUCAGUGACUCUGUUAGUUCCUCCUUCUGGUUGAGCAACAUUUUUCAAUGCAGUUAAUCAAGGCAGGUUUGAAACUGAGCUCCUUCUGGAAGAUUUUUCUGGAGAAAUCCAAAUGAGAACUCAUUCUCUUUUCCCCCUUCGCUUUCAAGAGGAGGCGCACAGCAUGGUGCCUCCUCUUGUCAGCCUGUGUUUGUGGAAAUGUGAAAUUAAUGUGGAUAAUAUAACUCAUUAGAUCUGGUAAAAGAAAUUACAAACAAAAAACAUGUGUUUUCUAUUUUUAUGUUCCAUCUUUAAAAUGCAAGAUGCCACAAUCUAAUAUUGCAGUUAAAAGCACAAUUUAGUUUUUGGCCACUAGAUGUAAGCAGUGCGUGCAAAGUUUCAGAUUGCUCCAGUGAAGCAUUGCAAUAUUUUGUAUCAAGUCUGCCCAAAUGUGCCGACUUGGUCAAUUGACACAUUUUCAAAUACAGAACUAUAGAGAACAUACAAAAAUGUUAUGGUAAUACAAAAUGUAAGUUUACACACUCCCAGGAAUGUCAUACAUGAUGGACCAUUAGCUUAUACACUAACUUAAACGCAUCUAGAUGGCCGUGCGGGGUGGGUGUGGAGCCAGAGACAGCAAGGGUUCAAACUGUAGAACCCAGUUCCUACAUUUGAAUAUAAAAAUUGAUUUUAUCGAACAAAAGUACACUACGUUUUAUCUCUGGGAACCUCAGGUUGACAAAUCAGAGCAAGAUUACUGAAUGUAAGUACAUGAUUUGCCUUCAGAGGUGAAUGUAUCAAACCAGUUGCCGUGAUACGUUUUAUGUUGUGCACUCUCCUCAAACAAUAGCAUGGUAUUUUCUCACUCUAAUAGCUACUGUAAAUUGGACAGUGCAGUUAGAAAUCAAAUAAAAUAAAAUUUUAUUGGUCACAUGCGCCGAAUACAACAGGUGCAAACAUUACAGUGAAAUGCUUACUUACAGCCCUUAACCAACAGUGCAUUUAUUUUAAACAAAAAAAGUAAGAAUAAAACAACAACAAAAAAAGUGUUGAGAAAAAAAGAGCAGAAGUAAAAUAAAGUGACAGUAGGGAGGCUAUAUAUACAGGGGGGUACCGUUGCAGAGUCAAUGUGCGGGGGCACCGGCUAGUUGAGGUAAUAUGUACAUGUGGGUAGAGUUAAAGUGACUAUGCAUAAAUACUUAACAGAGUAGCAGCAGCGUAAAAAGGAUGGGGUGGGGGGGCAGUGCAAAUAGUCCGGGUAGCCAUGAUUAGCUGUUCAGGAGUCUUAUGGCUUGGGGUUAGAAGCUGUUGAGAAGUCUUUUGGACCUAGACUUGGCACUCCGGUACCGCUUGCCGUGCGGUAGCAGAGAGAACAGUCUAUGACUAGGGUGGCUGGAGUCUUUGACAAUUUUGAGGGCCUUCCUCUGACACCGCCUGGUAUAGAGGUCCUGGAUGGCAGGAAGCUUUGCCCCAGUGAUGUACUGGGCCGUACGCACUACCCUCUGUAGUGCCUUGCGGUCAGAGGCCAAGCAGUUGCCAUACCAGGCGGUGAUGCAACCAGUCAGGAUGCUCUCGAUGGUGCAGCUGUAGAAUUUUUUGAGGAUCUGAGGACCCAUGCCAAAUCUUUUUAGUCUCCUGAGGGGGAAUAGGCUUUGUCGUGCCCUCUUCACGACUGUCUUGGUGUGUUUGGACCAUGAUAGUUCGUUGGUGAUGUGGACACCAAGGAACUUGAAGCUCUCAACCUGUUCCACUACAGCCCCGUCGAUGAGAAUGGGGGCGUGCUCAGUCCUCUUUUUUUUCCUGUAGUCCACAAUCAUCUCCUUUGUCUUGGUCACGUUGAGGGAGAGGUUGUUGUCCUGGCACCACACGGCCAGAUCUCUGACCUCCUCCCUAUAGGCUGUCUCAUCGUUGUCGGUGAUCAGGCCUACCACUGUUGUGUCAUCGGCAAACUUAAUGAUGGUGUUGGAGUCGUGCCUGGCCAUGCAGUCAUGGGUGAACAGAGAGUACAGGAGGGGACUGAGCACGCACCCCUGAGGGGCCCCCGUGUUGAGGAUCAGUGUGGCAGAUGUGUUGUUACCUACCCUUACCACCUGGGGGCGGCCCGUCAGGAAGUCCAGGAUCCAGUUGCAGAGGGAGGUGUUUAGUCCCAGGAUCCUUAGCUUAGUGAUGAGCUUAGAGGGCACUAUGGUGUUGAAUGCUGAGCUGUAGUCAAUGAAUAGCAUUCUCACGUAGGUGUUCCUCUUGUCCAGGUGGGAAAGGGCAGUGUGGAGUGCGAUAGAGAUUGCAUCAUCUGUGGAUCUGUUGGGGCGGUAUGCAAAUUGGAGUGGGUCUACGGUUUCUGGGAUUAUGCUGUUGAUGUGAGCCAUGACCAGUCUUUCAAAGCACUUCAUGGCUACAGACGUCAGUGCUACGGGUCGGUAGUCAUUUAGGCAGGUUAUCUUAGAGUUCUUGGGCACGGGGACUAUGGUGGUCUGCUUGAAACAUGUUGGUAUUACAGACUCAGUCAGGGACAUGUUGAAAAUGUCAGUGAAGACACUUGCCAGUUGGUCAGCACAUGCUCGGAGUACACGUCCUGGUAAUCCGUCUGGCCCUGCGGCCUUGUGAAUGUUGACCUGCUUAAAAGUCUUACUCACAUCGGCUACGGAGAGCGUGAUCGCAUAGUCAUCCGGAACAGCUGGUGCUCUCAUGCAUGCUUCAGUGUUGCUUGCCUCGAAGCGAGCAUAGAAGUGGUUUAGCUCGUCUGGUAGGCUUGUGUCACUGGGCAGCUCGCGGCUGUGCUUCCCUUUGUAGUCUGUAAUAGUUUUCAAGCCCUGCCACAUCCGACGAGCGUCAGAGCCAGUGUAGUAUGAUUCAAUCUUAGACCUGUAUUGACUCUUUGCCUGUUUGAUGGUUCGUCGGAGGUCAUAGCGGGAUUUCUUAUAAGCUUCCGGGUUAGAGUCCCGUUCCUUGAAAGCGGCAGCUCUACCCUUUAGCUCAGUGCGGAUGUUUCCUGUAAUCCAUGGCUUCUGGUUGGGGUAUGUACGUACGGUCACUGUGGGGACGACACCAUCGAUGCACUUAUUGAUGAAGCCAGUGACUGAUGUGGUGUACUCCUCAAUGCUGUCUGAAGAAUCCCGGAACAUGUUCCAGUCUGUGCUAGCAAAACAGUCCUGUAGCUUAGCAUCUGCGUCAUCUGACCACUUUUUUAUUAACCGAAUCACUGGUGCUUCCUGCUUCAGUUUUUGCUUAUAAGCAGGAAUCAGGAGGAUAGAGUUAUGGUCAGAUUUGCCAAAUGGAGGGCGAGGGAGAGCUUUGUAUGCGUCUCUGUGUGUGGAGUAAAGGUGGUCUAGAGUUUUUUUCCCUCUGGUUGCACAUUUAACAUGCUGGUAGAAAUUAGGUGGUCCUCUGUAGCUCAACUGGUAGAGCACGGCGCUUUUAACGCCAAGGUAGUGGGUUCGAUCCCCGGGACCACCCAUACACAAAAAAAUGUAUGCACGCAUGACUGUAAGUCGCUUUGGAUAAAAGCGUCUGCUAAAUGGCAUAAUAUUAUUAUUAUUAUUAUUAUUAUUAUUAGGUAGAACGGAUUUAAGUUUCCCUGCAUUAAAGUCCCCGGCCACUAGGAGCACUGCAUCUGGAUGAGCGUUUUCCUGUUGAUUAAUGGCCUUGUACAACUCAUUCAGUGCAAUCUUAAUGCCAGCAUUGGUUUGUGGUGGUAAAUAGACAGCUAUGAAAAAUAUAAAUGAAAACUCUCUUGGUAAAUAGUGUGGUCUACAGCUUAUCAUAAGAUACUCUACCUCAGGCGAGCAAAACCUCGAGACUUCCUUAGUAUUUGAUUUUGUGCACCAGCUGUUGUUUACAAAUAUACACAGACCGCCACCCCUUGUCUUACCAGAGUCUGCCGUUCUGUCCUGUCGAUGUAGCGUAUAGCCUGCUAGCUGAAUGUUAUCAUUGUUGUCGUUCAGCCACGACUCCGUGAAACAUAAGAUAUUACAGUUUUUAAUGUCCCGUUGGUAGGAUAACCGUAAUCUUAAAUCGUCCAUUUUAUUCUCAAAAGCUUGAACGUUGGCUAAUAGGAUUGAUGGGAGAGGCAGUUUACUCGCUCGCCGUCGGAUCCUUACAAGGCACCCGGAUCUGCGUCCGCGAUAUCUCCGUCUCUUCCUCACGCGAAUGACGGGGAUUUGGGCCUUGUCGGGUGUUUGUAGGAUAUCCUUCGCGGCCGCCUCGUUGAAGAAAAAAUCUUCGUCCAAUGCGAGGUGAGUAAUCGCUGUCCUGAUAUCCAGAAGCUCUUUUUGGUUAUAAGAGACGAUGGCAGAAACAUUAUGUACAAAAUAAAUUACAAAUAACGCGGAAAAACACACAUAAUAGUACAAUUGGUUAGAGGGCUGUAAAACGGCAGCCAUCUUCUCCGGCGCUGUUCUUCUCUUAGAAUGUAAUCUUUCUGCCCAUAAAAUUCAUGUCUUUGUCCUGGAAAGUUUACUGUUACUUACAACAGUCAUGCUAAUCACAUUAGCGCACGUUAGCUCAACAGUCCCACAUAUGGGACACCGAUCCAAAUAACGUGAACUUACCAACAAGGCCCGGAAGGUGAGAUGACAAACCAGCUAAACCAGCAUGGCCGGCUAACCAGCCAGCUAGAAAUCCAGUCAACCAACCAACCCACCAACCGCACCAAACCGACACAAAGGGGAAGGGGCACAAAUGAGGAAACGCACCCCAAACAAGACAAACUAAAAAAAGCUAGGAGGCUAGCAGGCCGGCCAGCCAAAAAGCUCCUCAGUUGACAAAAAAUGGGGGGGGGAAAAGUAGGGAAACAAGAUGGAGGGGAACAACAAAAACACACCGCUUAGCCACCAAGGUCCUGCAUAAAGCCCUGUGGUCCAUGCAGAGCAGAUCCUCCAGGCACUCAGUGUGCCUUCUGCUCCUCUUCACUGCAUGUUGGAAAUGAGCCGUGAGGGUCUACGCCUUAGGGCGGGAGUUGUCCCAGGCUACCAACCUUUGCAGAGUGAAGGAUAGCCAAAAGAAAAGCCUUGAACCUGUGGUUACAAGGAAUGACGUAACAUUUACAUAUCGAUGAAAAGAAAGUGUCCAACAUAAGAGGGAGGUCAGGAACACCCCUUCCUCCACUGAUUGCACCAUCCAUUCCCUUUGUACAUGUAACAAGGAGGCAAAGGAAAAACAGGCCAAACAAACUGAAGACAGAAGAAUGUCUGUUUUAAUGAUGAGAACCCGUCCACUCAUAGAGAGCUGACGAGCUUUCCAAAGGCCCACCCGGGAGCGCACUUUUGAGUUCCUCUGCACCCAAUUGAUGCCCUCGCUACCUGCCACUUCAAAAUCCACCCACAGGAUCCUCAUAGGCCUCGAGCAGAGUGGGAGACCACUGAGGACUUCCCCAUGUUGAAACUAGCCCCCUUAUGCCUGUGCAAACUCCCCUAGGACCACCACCACCCUGGCGAUACUCCCCUCGGACGUCAGAAACAGCGUCAUGUCAUCCGCGUACUGGGAGAUCUUGACCACCGACGAGCCACCGCCAGGGAGACGGAGGCCCAAAAUACUUGUCUGCCCGGAAAGCUGCUGCCAGAGGCUCCAUGUACAAAACAAAAAGCAGUGGGGAAAUCGGCAACCUUGACGUACUCCAGUCUGCUGAGGAACCACCUCACUGAAAUGCUAAUUUAACUAAAACCCUACUUCCCACUCCAGUAUAUAAAAUCCCCACCCACCUCAAAAACCCUUCCCCAAAUCCCAUCCUUUCCAAAACACACAAAAGAAACCCAUGAUGCACCUUAUCAAAAGCUUCUCCCAUGUCUAGGCCCACCAACAUGAGGUGCACCCCCGUAUUACUUGGGCCCAAGUAAUACAGUCCCUCACCAGACUCAGGUUCCAGUGGAUAGACCUCCCCUCCACCACACAGGUCUGGUCCUUAUGUAUGACAUGGGGCAGAAACUUCCUGAGGCGGCCAGCUAAAACACGGGCUACCACCUUGUAGUCUGCACACCAUAGUGUAAUGGGCCUGUAAUUCCCCAGGUUAUACCUUUCCCCUUACUUUAAAAAGCAGCGUCAAGACCCCCUCCCUCAUUGAAGACCCCAAAAUCCCUGAAUCAAACUCUGCAUUAACUACAGAAAGAAUCUAUCCCCCAAUCUCCCAAAAGGUAACAUAAAACACCAGAGGAAGCCCAUUGAAUACUGGCACCUUGUUGGUAGGUAAGCCCCGCAAGGCAGCCUCAACCUCCGCAAGCUCGAAAGGGCGGUCGAGGUCAGACUGCCUUCGGGGGAAUCUUUCUCCCCAAAAACCCCAAAAAGACACUCUUCCUAACCGUCUGUGUCCUUCUCCCUAAAGGAUUCUUGGUAGAAAGCGGAUGCUGCCUCCACCAUCCCCUUUCGGUCAGGUACCAUUCCAUUCUGUUCACAGCUGAGCAAUAACUGCUUUGGCACAGGCAGCUUUAACAAUAUGAACUGCUAGCCUACCUAAACUCAAACUUGUCCCUUUGACACCUGAAGAGAAAAUCCCUGGCCUUCUCCUGAAAAUAACUAACUUUUUAAAACCUCCAUCUUCUCCACAUCCCUCCUCUCACCCUUUUCUCAGCUGACACCAAGGCAGUCAGAUCCCCCUGAAGGCGCUGAAAAAGUUCCCGAAAUGGCCAAGGUGCGCACAUUGCACGCUACACACUCCCACCAUUCGACUAAAGAUCCAAAAUGGGGCUUGAGGUCCCCCGAUAACUCAUAAUGGGAUUUAAAGGCCUCCCUAAAAGAAAGAUCCCCCAAAAUCUUAGUUUAACUCCCAAAAACCUCCCCCAAACAUAGUUACAUCAACCGAGAACAUUACCUGCACUUGGCGAUGGUCAAAAAAACAGACAGGAGAAACGGUGACUCGAGAGACCGGCACAGAUGCAGGUAAAAACAAAAUAAAUUCGACAACAGGAACCCCUUGACUUUGCCCACAUCAUACCCUCCCCCGUGGGUCGACAAUUCUGAAAGAAAAAUUCUUAUCCACAGAAACAUAAUAAGGUAGGCUAAAAUCCCCAGUACCUUAAAUGGAGACAUUGAACAAGGCCAAAAAAAGAUAUUUCCUACCUCGAGGUUCAGCAGGUGCAUAAACGUUGAUGAAGCGAAUCCCAAUCCCCCACCAGUCUGCAUCAACUACUAAGUGUUACAUCUUCUUGUAUCAUUAAUUACUUGAUACCCUAGAAACUCAUCAUAACAGUGCCCCACUAGCACCAUCUCUGGGUUGGCAUUAUGCCCAUUAUCUCAACAUGUUCCUUUUCAUAUAGAAUUAGCUUGAGCACUUCAUACCAUUUUUAAUAAUGCAGUGAAAAUACCUAUUUACAUUAUCAACUUUUUUUUUUGUAUAAGCCCUUGUCCUAGUUUGUCGCACUGGUAGCAUAUUGGCCACCUCUGGGAUCCUCAGGGCCUCUCCUGGCAACUCUGGGAUGUCGGGCACCUCUGGGAGCCUCAGGGCCUCUCCUUCCUCUUCCACAUCCUCCUGAAAUUGUGGAGGCAUGGUCGGCAGAACUGCCCUGGUGGGGUCUCCUCAUUAUGUGUCCUGCCAACACCAUCCAGAGGAUAUUCAGUCUUCCCAUGUGGCCCUCCUGUGCCCUAUGCUCUCCUGAACUGGCGUAUGUUCCUUCGACACUUUCGGCCCUUUACUUCCACUUCAUAUGACAUUGCGCUGAUGUGCCCUAUGCAUGUGCCAAGACUCCAUGUGGCAUCCCUGGCUUGAGGUGACAGGAGCACUCUGACAGCUUGGCCUUGUUUUAUUACAGGGAGAUUUUUUGCAUGCUGGUCAUAGUAAUGUUUUGACUUGUCCUGACGUGUACGAUUGUGUGCCUGAACAUCCCUGAUGACCUUUGGUGCGAGGAGUUUGGGAGUUGUUGGCAACAGAGAGCGAGUACGUCUAGACAUUAAGCGCUGUACAGGACUGCUGCCGAAGCCCUCUGUGGGAGUAUUUUUCCACGCCAAAAUGGCUUGCCACACAUCUGUGCCUUCCUGCAUAGCCUUUGUGAUGAGUCUUUGCUAUUUUUACUGCUGACUCCGCCUUACCAUUACUCUGACUGUGGUAGGGUGAGGAGGUCACAUGAUGGAACUCCCAGGCUUUUGCAAAAAAGCAAAGUCUUGACUAGUGAACUGGGGCCCAUUAUCCAUAACUACACCACUGUCAGGUAUACCAUAUCUGCUAAACUGCUGCUUACAACAGUCGAUGAUGCAAGUGGCUGUUGUGUCAAUCACUUUCUCCACCUCCCAAAAAUCUGAAUAGUAGUCCACUAUAAUCAGAAAAGGAACGUUCUUGACUGUGAACAGAUCCACUUGUCCAAUGCUCGUGUUUCUUGGCCCAAGCAAGUCUCUUCUUAUUAUUGGUAUCCUUCAGUAGUGGUUUCUUUGCAGCAAUUUGACCAUGAAGGCCUGAUUUCAUGCAGUCUCCUGAACAGUUGAUGUUGAGAUGUCUUACUUGAACUCUGUGAAGCAUUUAUUUGGGCUGCAAUCUGAGGUGCAGUUAAUUGCCGAUUUCUGAGGAUUGUAACUAAUGAACUUAUCCUCUGAAGAAACGUUCAAAGUUCUUGACAUUUUCCGGAUUGACUGACCUUCAUGUCUUAAAGUAAUGAUGGACUGUCAUUUCUCUUUGCUUAUUUGAGCUGUUCUUGCCAUAAUAUGGACUUAGCCCUAUUUGGUAAAAGACCAUCUUCCGUAUACCCCCACUACCUUGUCACGACACAACUGAUUGUCUCAAAUGCAUUAAGAAGGAAAGAAAUUCCACAAAUUAACUUUUAAGAAGGCACACCUGUUAAUAGAAAUGCAUUCCAGGUGACGAUCUCAUGAAGCUGGUUGAGAGAAUGCCAAGUGUGCAAAGCUGUCAUCAAGGCAAAGGGUGGCUAUAUUGAAUUUAUAAAAUAUAUUUUGAUUUGUUUAACACUUUUUUGGUUACUUCAGGAUUCCAAAUGUGUUAUUUCAUAGUUUUGACAUCUUCACUAUUAUUCUACAAUGUAGAAAAUAGUAAAAAUAAAGAAACUCUUGAAUGAGUAGGUGUUCUAAAACUAUUGACCGGUAGUGUAAGAACGAGAGGAUGGCAUCUGUUCCUCUCUCUGACCAGUAUGCAAAUUGGAGGUGGUCAAGAAGGUGUUUGGUGUUGAUUAUGUCUGCCUUGAUGAUAUUUAAUCAAGACAGAGGUAAGAGCAACAGGUCUGUAGUCAUUUGAUGCAGAUAGAUGAGAGGUUUUUGGGACAGGUAUAACAGAUUUUUUUCCAUAGAGAUGGAAUUUACAAUGUAUUCAGGGACCGCUGGAAGAAAGCGCAGAAGACACCGCUCAGCUGAGCGGAACAGUGUUUCAAGACAAGACCACUUAUGCUUUCAGGCACUCGUUGUACGACUACCUCAUUGAUGAGAAGCGCGCUCUCGGUUGCCAUGACAUCCUCCUCCAGAUAGGCAAAGCAGCUGAAGAACUCGUUUAGUUCAUUGGUUGUAGAGGCACACCCUCUCGUCCGGGCAGGGAUCGAUAUGUUGCCUCCCUUUAAAGGGGGCGUUUGCCAUAUUCUUAAUGCCCAUCCAGUCAGACCGAGUGUCUCCCUGUGACAUUAUCUGUUGCACAUUUUCCAUGUACUGGCAUCUUGCCUUUAUUAAAUAUUUUUGAUCACCUCUGUACCUCUUUUUUUCUUUCUAGUGGAUUCCAGGAGGCAAACACUUGUUUCUUAUUGUUAAGCAUCAAUGUAAGCAAACUAGAAAGUGUGUGACCUCAGGCCUGGAGAGAAGCAAAAGUUAUUCACCUACCUAAGAAUAGUAAAGCCCCCUUAACUGGCUCAAACAGCCGACCAAUCAGCCUGUUACCAAUCCUUAGUAAACUUUUGGAGAAAAUGGUGAUUAACCAGAUAAAAUGCUAUUUUACUUUCAGCAGGCUUAUAGGGAAGGCCAUUCAACAAGAACAGCACUUACACAAAUGACUGCUUGGCUGAGAGAAAUGAAUGAUAAAAAGAUUGGGGGGGGACUGUUUUGUUAGACUUCAGUGCAGCUUUUGACAUUAUUGAUCAUAGUCUGUUGCUGGAAAAACUGAUUUGUUAUGGCUUUACACCCCAUGCUAUGUUGUGGAUAAAGUUACUUGUCUAACAGAACACAGCGGGUGGUCUUUAAUGGAAGCCUCUAACAAAAUCCAGGUACAAUCAGGAAUUCCCUAGGCCCUUUACUUUUACCAAUCUUUAACAACGACUAGCCACUGGCUUUGAGUAAAGCCAGUGUGUAUGUGUGCGGAUGACACAACACUACACGUCAGCUACUACAGCAACUGAAAUGACAGCAACACUUAAAGAGCUGCAGUUAGUUUCCGAAUGGGUGGCAAGGAAUAAGUUAGUCCUAAAUAUUUCUGAAAACUAAAAGCAAUGUAUUUGUGACAAAUCAUUCACUAAACCCUAAACCUCAACUAAAUCUUGUAAUGAAUAAUUUGGAAAUUGAGCAAGUUGAGGAGACAAAAUUGCUUGGAUUAACCCUGGAUUGUAAACUGUCAUGGUCAAAACAUAUUGAGACAAUAGUAGCUAGGAUGGGGAGAAGUCUGUCUAUAAUAAAGCGCUGCUCUGCAUUCUUAACAGCAGUAGCAACAAGGCAGGUCCUACAGGCCCUAGUUUUGUCGCACCUGGACUACUGUUCAGUCGUGUGGUCAGGUGCCACAAAGAAGAACUUAGGAAAAUUGCAAUUUGCUUCGAACAGGGCAGCACGGCUGGCCCUUUGAUGUACACGGAGAACUUACGUAUCAAUCUCUCUCCUGGCUCAAAGUGGAGGAGAGAUUGACUUCAUCACUACUUGUCUUUGUGAGAGGUAUUGACAUGUUGAAUGCGCCGAGCUGUCUGCUUGAACUACUGGCAUACAGCUCGGACACCCAUGCAUACCCCACAAGACAUGCCACCAGAGGUCUCUUCACAGUCCCGAAGUCCAGAACAGACUAUGGGAGGCACACAGUACUACAUAGAGCCAUGACUACAUGGAACUCUAUUCCACACCAAGUAACUCAUGCCAGCAGUAAAAUUAGAUUGUAAAAAACAAAUAAAAAUACACCUUAUGGAACAGCGGGGACUGUGAAGCAACAAAAACAUAGACAGAUGCAUACAAACACAUGAUAACAUACGCACUAUACACACAUGUACACAUGGAUUUUGUGUUAUAGAUAUGUGGUAGUAGAGUAGAGGCCUUAAUAUGUGGUGAAAUCUUAUGAAUAUAUUGUAAUGUUUUAAUUUUUCUGGACCCCAGGAAGACUAGCUGCUGCCUUGGCAGCAGAUAAUGGAGAUCCAUAAUAAAUACAAAUACAAAUGUUUUCAAAUCUUUGGUCACCCAUGGUUUGUUAGGAAAUAUCUUACAUGUUUUUUUGGGGAUCAACAAAUCAACACAGAAUUCAAUAUAGCCAGAUAUUACGUCAUUAAUCUUGUUCAGGUCAGCUGAUGAUUCUUCAAAUACACUCCAGGUAGUACAAUCAAAGCAUCCCUGCAAUUGAUCAAUACUGUCAUUGUCCCACACCAGUAUUUGUUUUUCCACCACCACCUCCAUUUUGAGUAACUGUCUAUAAGUUGGUCGUAGAAGAACAGUUAUGAUCUGAUCCACCCAGGGGAGGUCUGGCCAAGGAUGUAAGUACUCAAAGUGUGCUUGAGAGCGCAGCUAUUGAAAUCCCCCAUGAUGAAUUUGGGUGCAUCAGGGGAAAUCGCAUCAAGCUCUUGAGUGACGUUGAAAAUGUCAGCUGCAUUGACACUGCUAGCUCUUGGAUGGAUGUAAACAACUGUCAGAAACGGCUGGGGCAAUUCACAGGGUAGGUAGAACGUUCGCAGUGACACUGACAUUCUUCUACAGCGGAUAUGUGGCACUGCCGACUUUCUCAAAAGUUCUCAUGCUGUUUCAGGUACCAGCAAAAGUAAUCCAAGUAGAAGAAUAAUCCACUGUACACACUUCAUGUCGCUCUACCAUAGCCUAAUCGGUAAUCCGAUGCAACAUAAAACACUAUUAAACUACUAUAAACAAAGCAACAAAAACAGACGAGUUUAAACAACAAACAAACAAAUGCUGCAGGGCACCACUGUGCAGCACCCCCUAGAGUAUCAAUACACACAAACACUCAGGAAAGGUACUGAAACACACCUCUCAAUGGGAACCCUGCCCACUGGUCCUGCAUCUUUUUCUCUUAGUUCAAGUUCUUCCAUCAGCUACACUGAGUACUGUCACGGAGACCGCCGAGGCUGCUCCUCCUCCUUGCUCGGGGAGGCUUCGGCGUUCGUCGUCCCCGGAGUACUAGCUACUACCGCUUGAUGUUUUCGAUGUUUGUUUGGUUAUGUCUAGUUGGUGCACCUGUCUCGUAUUCUGUCUUGAUUAUGUCUCCUAUAAGUUCCCCUGUGUUAGGUUUGCAUGUUGUGUGUUAUUGUCGCCUGUCGUGUAUGUAUAGGUUCUGUGACCUUGGCUUUUGUGGGUUUUACGCACUCGCGUAUUUUGUUACGCCUCUUGUGUUUUUGGAGGCUGUUAAUUUGUGUGUACCUUGAGAGGUAUUAGUAAAGUCGUCUUGACUAUUCCUCUGUGUCCUGCGCUUUACUCCACCACCGCAUCCACAUCAGACCCUGACAAGUACAGACUGAACCAGAGAGUUAGAAGACAUAUCUAACAGGUAGAAAUGGAUAAAAGGAGACUGUGACGAUCAAGACACCGCUGCGCAAUUAUCCUCUACACCUGUUCCUCUGAAAAAGCCAGUGAGACAGACGCUGUUCAGAAAGUGGUCUACCGAGUGCAGCCGCACCGUGACACACAAAACAGCUGAGGCGAUGACCUAAUCACCGCCUUGCGUUCCACGUAGCGCGCCAAGGCGCACACUGGGCACAGGCAAUGGAGCCAUUCACCUCUCCUCUCAACAUGGGGAGAGGGAGAGAAGGGCCACAGCUCUAUGAUCUGUAAGCUCUUAAUAACCUCAGGCAUAAAUGCCGGAUUAAGACUUAACACCGCCCUGCUCAAUCGCCAUAAAUGGCAAGGCAGUCAAAAGCGCACAAAUCACUGACACGUUUAGCUGUGGUCAAAGCGAGCAACAGUGUCGUCUUCAAAGAUAACAUCUUCAGGGGGAUUUGAUUCAAUGGCUCGAACGGUGGCUCGCAGAGCGCUUCGCGUACCAAAGUAAAAUCCCACUGAGGAAGCAUGGCUCUAGGCAUUGGCCUAAACCGCCGCGUUCCCAAUAGGAAAUGUUUCACAAGAGGGUGGCUGAAGACAGUGUCUCUGCCAAACCGUCAUGACAAGCCUAAAUCGCCGCCGCAAGCAGCUACAUGGUGGCGGGUGAGCGCUGCUUAUCAAAUAGGAAUUCCUUUGCUCCUGGGGAAUUACUGUGACUGCCUCCUUCGCCAAAAGUUCCGUAAUCUCUGUAACAAGAGUGGCGACUUUUUCCGGAGUUUUCAUCACCAUCUCCACCACCCCCCUGAAUGGGGGAGGGGUCCGAUGAAAUUGGAUGGCAUAACCAUUCUCCAGAGUCCUGUCUUGCCAGGGGGAGAGGGUACAGCUUCACUGCCACUCCCAAUAAUGCUGAGAGUGCGGCAGAGCGCGAAGCUGUGGUGCAUUCAGUAGGAAGGACCUAUAUUCCUCUACGGCCCUCGCCGCUACUGUUCCCCGACCAGUGAAGUGGUGGAACAGCUCAAGGCGGGCCUCCCAUGAAAGGGAGAGGAAACAUGAGCGCGUUCUGAGAGAAACGGGGGCGCCGACACGUUGGUUAUACUCGUAACCCCGUUGUCCCAGCCCUCCGUGAACGCAGCACAGGUCUGAACUGCACUGACUGAGGUGCUCGCCUGAGUCAGAGCGCCGUCUCCCAAUAGCGAUUGCAUCAUCAUUCCAAUAACUGGCUGUGUACGCAGGCUACUAUUUGAAACCUGUACCACAACACUCCUAGCAGUCUGUGGUGUAAGGUUUUUAUGAGGUAUAACAAGGCAUCUCAUCAAAGAUGUCUGCCUUGUUCCCUUAUUCACACCUGCCUCAUGUGUAUGCUCAGCUACGCACCCGUAGUGGGCUGUGCUACACUCAGAGUGGUGAGGAGGAGAUAGGGAGAGCGUAAAGGCACCUGAACGGUCUCGGGUGUAUCAUGGAAAAGGGGCUCUCUUGUGACAAAGUCAAUUAGAGCCAACUCUUUAUUAGACACACAACACACAGUUUCCUCCAUACCCUCAACAGUAGGGUGGGGGGGAACAGUGGGCACAGUCAACAAGGCGCUGCGCCGUCUACCGUUCUCUCCCCCUCGCCAUGUCAUAAACGGCGUCUCUUCUGGCCGCCCUUCGGGUGAUGCCAGGAUGACGCGUUAAUGACCUCUCUCGCCGGCAGAAUGGUCGGAACCUCUGGCGCUACAGGAGGGGCGGGGCGGGGCCCGCUCCCUUUUCUGCCGGGCACGACGCCAAGCAGUAGAUCCAGUAAACUAGAGCGCCCUGCUAACGGUAGGUGUCUAGACAGGUGCUUUUGUUCUCGUCUAGUUUUAUGAAUCGCUCCGUCGCAUCUUUGACGGCGACCCCCAAACAGGCCAUGGUCAGUAGCGUGGAUCUGUCAGAAUCCUUCAUGGCCAUCAGACAGCCAGAGGUGCCUCCCAUGAGCCCUCCACAUAUUUACUAAGCGAGGGCAUGGCAGGGGCCAAGGGCUCUGCCGCCCUCCUAGGCCGAGAGUAAGGGCCGCCCUCCAUCAUGUCCACUUCCGGGUUGGAGGGAAUGGGGGGCAGCUUAAUCUCCAGCCGCUUAGCAGCCCUCUCAAUGAGCCCUGGAUAAUCAGAGCGCAGAGAGGCAGUGGCGUAGGACGGGGCUGCUGAAAAUUCAGAGCCUGUGUCGUCAUCACCCAGGGGAAUUUCCUGAGGGAAAGGGGUCUUAAACGUCUGGGUCAGCGUUAUGGAUUGUUCCAAUGGAAUAUCCCUGUCAUCUCCUGAGUCAGCGCCCUCAGAUGAUGCCUCAGAAGCUGAGGCUAGCACCGAUAACACGUCCUCUAGAGGGAUAUCCUCCCGAAAAAAUGCCCAUCGCUGCUUCGUCUCCUUCAAAGAAAGGAGGGAUCAGCUGGAGCAUAGUGGGGGAUCUAUGAGGCCGCUCCAAGCGCACUGUGAUCCUAAGCACACAAAACAUAAGUUGUGUGAGUCCACAGCAGCCAUGGAGGAGCAGCGACAUUGAGCUCUGAAAAUAGCUUUUGGGGGUGGAAAAUCUCCGGGUGUACUCAUUUUAGGACGACGUCGAGACUUGGAAAUCGACGGCGACUUUUUCGUUCCGAAUCUUCUCUUCUCAUCAGCUUCUUCAGUCCAGUCGCUGAAGAUAAAGGGAGGCUGAUUGAGGGGAAGUGUCCCCUCUUAUAGGGACACCUGUACUCCUAAUGGCUGCAGGUGUGUGCAUAAUUUUGUCUCAGGCUGUUCCCUAUGGGACUCCGCUCCACUCAUAGAACUUGUUCACACUCUGUUUACUCUAGGCCUGGUUCUCGCAGGUUGUCCCCGAACCCACUUGCCAAGUUUUCGGGGGCUGUGGGGUAAAAGUCACAGACUGACUGAUUGUCCUGGUGAAGUAUUUGUUCUGUUUUUGGUCAAAAACACACACAGACACAAACACACUAUCCUGGUGAAUGCCAAUAUAUGUUUAUUUUUUAAAAGAAAAAUUGAGGGAAAACGCUGGACCGCACAAAGUGCUUCGCCCUUCUUUCAGUUUGGAAUAGUUUUCUUUCUCUUUUCUUCUGCUGGCUGUUUAUCUACCUCCAUGUAGUUUUUUCCUUGACAAUGGGAGAACAGCGUUGCACCGUUCCCGGAGGUACUGCAAUACCGGGUCGAUGCUUGGAGCGGACGGAGCAAGCCCCAUUUCCGACUCCCUGUUCGAAAAAUCCAUUUAAUAUGUAGUUCCCCGAUGGGGGACGUAUCAGAUAUUAAACUGAUAAGAACAGAUUUUUUUAUUUUGGAAAGAUAUUGAUGCAUUUCCUUUUUUAAAACACAAAAUCGGCAUAAAAAGCAUUAAAACCAGCAUUUAUAUAUUACAUUUACAUUUGUUAAAAAGUACAAGUUGUUUCUUUAAAACAAUAAAGCAACCAUGCAUAAAAGUACCAUUUCUUGUAAAAGGCCAAUCUGUAAAAAGGCAUUUAAAAUGUACACAAAUGAUUUAACAAAGGUAAAACAUUUUUAAGACAUGGAAAACUUGUCAAGAGUCACUUUGUUAAAAAGCUGUCUUCUGUACGGGAAUGGGGUGAGUCCUUAUCAAAAAAGCCGCCUCCUGCUCUUCCGAAUCAACUCUGUACCCAUCCGUCGGGGCCUAGAGGAGACCCCUCCCCUAGACGCAUCGCCCUAGGCGCCGCAGCGCUGUCAGGCCGUGGCCGCCAGGACCUUAGGUGUUGUGGGGGACCCUUCGCCUGGGGUCGAGGCCCCCUUUCGUUCGUACCAUCCCAGGGCUUCCAUGGCUACCAAAGCCACUGCCUGGGGGGUGGUCUCUAACCGUUUUCCUACCAGCAGGUUGCGGGAGGACCACAAUGCGUCCUUCAGACACGUUAGGGUGGGCCAGAGUUUUGGUGCUAUAGGCCUUCGGCCCACCCCAUACAGCACAAGCUGGGGCAUUAGGUCCUCCCCUGCUGGCAGAUAAAAGCGAAAGAAACGCACACCUAUUUAGGCGAGGUGCUGGCUGACGGCGUAAAACACUUCAAAACGAAAAGGAAAGCCGCACACUCUAGCAGCUCAGAUGCAAUAAUUUAAUAUCUUAAUAACCAACGUUUCGACAGACAAGCUGUCUUCAUCAGGGUAUAAUGACAAACACUGCGGGUCACUGGUUUAUAUAGUGCGAAAGGACACACGCAGGUGUCUGUAAUCAUGGCCGGGUGUGGCCUAAUAGCAUUGGCCAAUUCACAGAUAAAAACAACAUACAAAAAACAUGGAUAGCAUAUGAUCAUAGAUACUUAGCUACAUAGGCCCACAACAUUUACAAUGAAUAGCAAAAUCACAAGAAUGGCUUCAAAUCAAAGUCUACGUUGAGACCGAAGGUAGCAUGUUCGAUGCCGAUAUAACGUAGGGAAGAAAUCGAGUGGUUCGAUUCCAAAAAGUGGGCAGCAACUGGGUAUGUCGAGUUUUGGCACCUAAUGGUGCUACGAUGCUCCGAGAUUCGUACUUUUUAAUUCGCGCUUUGUUUUACCCACAUAAAUUUUACCACAAGUUAUAAGAUAAAUAACUGCCUUAGUGGAGCACGUAAUAACACCUUUGAUUGGGAUCUGUUUCCCUGUUUGGGGGUGUUUGAAGGAUCUACAUUUGUAAGUGCCAUUGCAUUGAGCACAGCCGUUACACUUGUAGUUUCCAUCCGGCAGAGGCGCAAAUAGACGUUGUGCAGGGAUAUUUAGGGGUGGUAAAUCAGAGUUUACCAAUUGAUCUCUGAGAUUUCUGCCCCGCGAGAAUACAACCAAGGGAGGGUCUGAAAACACAUUACCAAAACUGUCAUCGGAUCUUAGAAUGUGCCAAUGUUUGAACGAUUCCCUUAAUUUGUUCAGAGCACUUUGAAUAGCGUGUUAGAACGCAAUAAUUAUUAUUUUUACGAGACUGUCCUUGAAAGAGAUCAGGUCUCGAUUUUGUUUUUGAAUUUUCUCAAUGGCAGUAUUAAUCUGACCAUUUUUGUACCCCCUUUCCUUGAAUUUUCUUUGCGUCUCAGCCUUAUUACAGUCGAAAUCUGAUUUGUUUUUUUACAAAUUAUUUUGAUUCGACAGAAUUGGCUGUAAGGCAAACUGUUUUUCAAGGGAAGUGGGUGACAGCUAUCAGCCCUCAACAAACUGUUACGAUCAGUAGGUUUCCUGUAAAGAUCAGUGUAUAAAACAUUAUCCUCACUCAAAAUCAGAAGAUCAAGGAAACUGAUUUGACGUGUGUCAGAUUGCAUAGUAAAUCUCAGGUGCUCAGAACAAGAAAAGCAUGGAAUGCCUGGAGCUGUUUAGAAUCACCCCUCCAUAGAACAAAAAUAUCAAUGUACCGUUUCCAAAUAAUAAUGUUAGGCAAUAUUUUUUUUUUUAGAGGAUUGAAAAUUGACUGUUUCUCAAUGUAACCCACAUACAAAUUAGCAUAGUUAGGAGCCAUAGGGGAUCCCAUAGCAGUAACCUUCGUCUGAAUAAAGAAAUAAUUUAGAAACAAAGUAGUUGUGUGUGAGUACUAUUUCAGCCAAUGUUAUAAUGCAUGCACUGGAAGGUAGUUCAUUAGGGUCAUGUUGCAGAAGAAAAUGUUCCAUGGCUUCAAUACCACCCUCGUGUGGAAUAUUCGUGUAUAAUGACUCAACAUCAAAAGUAACUAACAAGGUAUUAUCAGGGAGAGGAUCAAGAGAUUCAACAAUAGAGAUCAUACUGCUGGUGUCCUUUACAAAGGAGGGGAGCUGUUCUGCGAGAGGUCUAAUAAAAAAGUGAACAUAGGUCGAUAAAGGGGAUGUUACUGCAUCAAUGCCUGCUACAAUAGGGCGCCCUGGAGGUUUUGUAACAUUCUUGUGUAAUUUCGGCAAAGUAUAAAAAGUAGCAAUUUUAGGGUGUUGAAUAGCCAAAAAAUCGUGUUAUUUUUUGGUGAUUUGACCAGAACUUAAAUACCCAUCAAGGACAGAACAGAUAGUGUUCUGAAAUUGGGAAGUGGGGUCACUUCUGAGUUUCUUGUAAAAGGUGUUGUCAAGCAGUUGUCUGUGACACACAUUUACAUAAACUGUCCUAUCCAUGAGUACAACUGACCCACCCUUAUCAGCAGGGCGGGUAAGAACUGACGUAUCUGGUUGUAAAUCAAGCAAAGCUUGUUUUUCAUCCUUGGGUAAAUUUUGAAAAGAUAUGUACUCUUGUUUGUUCUUAAGGAGAUUACCAACAUCUUUUUCAACGAGUCUGCAAUACGUCUCAAUAGAGUGAUUGCGAUUGGCUGGAGGUACAAAAUAACUCUUACUUCUGAAAGGAGUCGGAGUAUGUGCAGGUGAGCCACCUACAUGUUCAGUUGAAAUAUCACAAUUACGGGAGCUGAAGUGUUCCUUUUAAACUGAUGUUUCUAAAAAACUUAAACAUGUCUACAUUAACAUCGAAAUCGUUGCACUGAGUUGUAGGCACAAAAGAUAACCCUUUAUUAUGUAAGGAGACAUGGGCAGGACUCAAUAUCUUGCUUGAUAAAUUAAAGACACUCAGUCCCGUGGGUUCUGGGACCGUGUGAACGGCCCCCUCUGCCUCUGGUUGUCGUUUCUUCUUACCCCGUCGUGUACGGCAUCUCGUCGGUACACGUGACCGCGGCCACCUCCGCGCUUCCGUCGGCCCAGUCUCUCGUCAAAAGACAGUCGUCUCAGUCCCCAAAAACCUAGUCUCUGUCUUACUGUCCCUAAAAUCCCGGUCGAAUUGCUACUCCCUCCUCCCUCCGUGUCAAAUUUUACACCCAGUACCCUUAUGUCUGUCAUUUUAACAGUCAGUGGUAGUCUGGUCAAGUCUGAGUCUGCCCACGGGCCUCUGUCUUGUUUCUGUUCAGUCUCACCCCAGAGGCUCGUCCGUACCAGUCAGUCCUGUCCAGAGUCCUGUCGACAGAUAAAAGGUCAGUGCAUAAAAUGUUUACGUCGUCCAUGUAAAAAAUGCACUUGGCGGUCAUCCCCCCACUCCCCGGGAUACCCACCCCACUGAUCCGUUGGUCCCUUCUCAAGACCUGUGCCAGUGGUUCUAUGCAAGCCACAAACAGGAGGGUAGAUAACAGACAUCCCUGACGGACGCCGCAGUGUACUCCCACUGCUCUUGACAAAUGCCCAUUUACAAGGAUUCUGCUGGUGAUGUCCCCAUACAGCAAUCCCACCCAAGCUAGAAACCUUUCAGGGAACCCCAUUUUUUGCAGUACCUUGAAGAGGUACUGAUGCGAGACCCGAUCAAAAGCUUUCUCAAAAUCAAAAUUUAGGACUAUAAGCCGCAUGUUUCUGUCUCUCGCAUAACAGAUGGCAUCUCUGAUCAGUACUAGGCUGUCCGUGAUCUUCCUUCCCGGAAUGGCACAGGCUUGGUCCGGGUGGAUCACCUAAGACAGAAGACAUUCUGGGUGUUAAAACCUUAGUAAAAAGUUUACAAUCAAAGUUUAAAAGGGUAAUCGGUCUCCAGUUUCAGGUCAGUCCUGUCAUUUUUCUUGUGUAAAAGGGUCACUAUUCCUACUCUAAAACUGUCAGGUAGUCUGUCAAGUUGUUCAAAGUCAGUAAAAACAGUCAGAAGUUCGUCAGCUAAAACAUCCCAAACGGUCAGAUAAAACUCCAAAAGGAGGCCGUCCUCCCCCGGUGAUUUACCCCUCUUAAAAUGUAUCAGUCCUUUGUCGAGUUCUGUCAUUGUCAGGUCUCUUGUUAGGUCGUCUGUAUUGGGUAAAAUUCUGUCAAUGUAUGAUAAAACGUCCCCCAUGGUUUCCUCGCACACGUCUUUUUUCCCCAAACAGUUCCCCAUAAAAAUCCUCUACUACUUAUUUUAUUCCCUCUGUGUCUUAUUUUAAAACGCUGUCUUCAUCUUUUAAAACUGUCAUUAUCCUACCCUUCCUAACUAUCUUCUUAAAAAAGUAUCUAGUGCACUUCUCCCCCUUUUCUAAUUCCCUUUCUUUGCUUCUUAAAAUAACCCCCUUGCUCUUCUGUUCUACUAAAAAUUCAAUUUCUUUCUUAACUUCAAUUUCCUGGUUAAAAUCAAAACCCUGUUGAACUAGAUUAAAAUACCUUUCCAGUCGCCUCUGCGGUCCCAAAAUGCGUCUCUUUUUCUUCUCCUUUCCUACAGUGAGGGGAAAAAAAGUAUUUGAUCCCCUGCUGAUUUUGUACGUUUGCCCACUGACAGACAUGAUCAGUCUAUAAUUUUAAUGGUAGGUUUAUUUGAACAGUGAGAGGCAGAAUAAAAACAAAAAAAUCCAGAAAAAUGCAUGUCAAAAAUAUUAUAAAUUGAUUUGCAUUUUCAUGAGGGAAAUAAGUAUUUGACCCCUCUGCAAAACAUUACUUAGUACUUGGUGGUAAAACGCUUGUUGGCAAUCACAGAGGUCAGAUGUUUCUUGUAGUUGGCCACCUGGUUUGCACACAUCUCAGGAGGGAUUUUGUCCCACUCCUCUUUGCAGAUCUUCUCCAAGUCAUUAAGGUUUCGAGGCUGACGUUUGGCAACUCGAACCUUCAGCUCCAUCCACAGAUUUUCUAUGGGAUUAAGGUCUGGAGACUGGCAAGGCCACUCCAGGACCUUAAUGUGCUUCUUCUUGAGCCACUCCUUUGUUGCCUUGGCCGUGUGUUUUGGGUCAUUGUCAUGCUGGAAUACCCAUCCACGACCCAUUUUCAAUGCCCUGGCUGAGGGAAGGAGGUUCUCACCCAAGAUUUGACGGUACAUGGCCCCGUCCAUCGUCUCUUUGAUGCUGUGAAGUUGUCCUGUCCCCUUAGCAGAAAAACACCUGUCACGAUCGUCGGAUAUAGAGGACCAAGGCGCAGCGUGGAAGGUGAACAUACUUAUUUAUUAAAUGAUACACGAACAAAACAACAAAUCGAUACGUGACGUCCACAGGUGCAAAACACGGAACAAGAUCCCACAAACACUGUGGGAAAACCACCUGACUAAAUAUGGUUCCCAAUCAGAGACAACCAGCAACAGCUGAUACUCGUUGCCUCUGACUGAGAACCACUCUGGCCAACAUAGAUAUACAAAAACUAGACUAGACACAACGAGCACAAAACAUAAACUCUACACACCCUGGUUCAACUUAAAAGAGUCCCUAGAGCCAGGGCGUGACAACACCCCCAAAGCAUAAUGUUUCCACCUCCAUGUUUGAUGGUGGGGAUGGUGUUCUUGGGGUCAUAGGCAGCAUUCUUCCUCCUCCAAACACGGCGAGUUGAGUUGAUGCCAAAGAGCUCGAUUUUGGUCUCAUAUGACCACAACACUUUCACCCAGUUCUCCUCUGAAUCAUUUAGAUGUUCAUUGGCAAACUUCAGAUGGGCCUGUAUAUGUGCUUUCUUGAGCAGGGGGACCUUGCGGGCGCUGCAGGAUUUCAGUCCUUCACGGCGUAGUGUGUUACCAAUUGUUUUCUUGGUGACUAUGGUCCCAGCUGCCUUGAGAUCAUUGACAAGAUCAUCCCGUGUAGUUCUAGGCUGAUUCCUCACCGUUCUCAUGAUCAUUGCAACUCCAUGAGGUGGGAUCUUGCAUGGAGCCCCAGGCCGAGGGAGAUUGACAGUUAUUUUGUGUUUCUUCCAUUUGCGAAUAAUCACACCAACUGUUCUCACCUUCUCACCAAGCUGCUUGCCGAUGGUCUUGUAGCCCAUUCCAGCCUUGUGUAGGUCUACAAUCUUGUCCCUGACAUCCUUGGAGAGCUCUUUGGUCUUGGCCAUGGUGGAGAGUUUGGAAUCUGAUUGAUUGAUUGCUUCUGUGGACAGGCGUCUUUUAUACAGGUAACUAUCUGAGAUUAGGAGCACUCCCUUUAAGAGUGUGCUCCUAAUCUCAGCUCGUUACCUGUAUAAAAGACACCUGGGAGCCAGAAAUAUUUUCUGAUACUUAUUUCCCUCAUUAAAAUGCAAAUCAAUUUAUAACAUUUUUGACAUGCGUUUUUCUGGAUAAUUCUGUUAUUAUUCUGUCUCUCACUGUUCAGAUAAACCUACCAUUAAAAGUAUAGACCGAUCAUUUCUUUAUAAGUGGGCAAACGUACAAAAUCAGCAGGUGAUCAAAUACUUUUUUCCCUCACUGUAUCUCUCUGAAGAAGGUCCUCGUCUUGCCCUUCACCAUUUUCCACCAUUGUGCUCAUGUGUCAAAGAAGUCCUGUAGCGUCUGCCACUGGCUGAACUGCUCCCUGUAAUGGCUAACUACUCUAUCAUCUUCUACAAGGGAGCAGUUCAGUUUCCAGGGCCCUCUUCCUACAGUCACACCCGAAGUUAGUGAAAGGGUGCACGUCAGCAUUACGUUAUCUGAGAAGAAAGCAGGGGUUAUUCUAGCAUCAGUUGGCGGGCAGUCACGGGUAAACAGAUAGUCGACGCGAGAGGCUCUGGUUCCGUCACCACUGGUCCAGGUGAAGCCCUCCUCUCUUGGAUGCAGGGUUUUAAAACAGUCGGUUAGUUUAAAAUUCCUGCAGAACCCUUGCAAUAAAACGCUUGACCUAUUUACCUUAAAAUCUUCUCCCGCUCCUCUCCUGUCUGCUCUACUUAAAACACAGUUAAAAUCCCCAGCCACCACUAGAGGAUCCCUCCCCAGCAUGUGGGACUGCAGGUCUUCUAAUAGUGUGCACCGGUCAUGUUUGUUGUUAAAACCAUAUACAUUUAGCACAUUAAAAUCCCUCCCCAUAAAGGUGCAUUUGGCUAAAAGAGCACGCCCCCCAACCACCACUGUGCUCGCCCUCACCAACACCUGUGGGGUCUUGAAUAAAAUGGCAACACCAUCGUUUUUAUUAAAAUUGGAUCCGCUCCAAAUGGAGGGCCCGUGCUGCCACUUCUCCUGCCAUUUGCUGUAAGAGGAUAAAAAGGGUAGACCACACUCCGGUAAAAACACAUCUGAAAUAACACUUUCUAAAACGGAUAAAACCGAUUGUGCUCUUACCUCUGUUUUUACACUCCCAACGUUAAUGGUGAUGUUAAAAGCCAUGAAAGAGGUGAGUAAAAACAGUGCUAAAAGGAAAGAAGGCAUUCAAACAGUUUAAAAGGGGUUAUCUUUGGGGUCCUUUCUCUCUCUCCCUACGGGGGGGGGGUACAAACUGGGUUUAAAAACAAGUCCUGGUUUGGAGAGUUGGAUGGGAAGACCCUGGAUUCCUCUUCCCCCUGGGAGCUCUCCCACUCCAAUUUGCCUUUCUUUUACUUGCCCUGUUCGGGGUCGGAGAGCUCCUCUGCGUUUCUCUUCCGUAGGGAAAGGUGUUCGUCCAGGGUCUCUCCCCUCUCUCUCUUGUACCUUCCCCGCUUGACAGUGUCGUUUCUGACACUGUCAUCAUGCUAUCUGACCCACUUGGGGAGCUCUCACUCACCACCACUCCAGAGCCGUCUUUCUCCGCCCUUUCUCCUUCAGGGCUCACCUCAGUCUGGGGCGGGGGGGUUGGGGUGGGUAGGUUUACCAGUUCCUCCAUUACCGCCACCAUCUCCUCCACUACCGCUACCACCACCUCCGCUACCGUGGCAACUGCCACUUCCUCCACCUGGCGCUCGGAAGCCCGGUCCGCAGCCACCGCCUCCAUCCUGCCAGCCCUGACCUUGUUGGCCCAGGAGGAGGGGCAGCUGCGGAUGAGGUGGGACCGCUCGCCACAGAGGUUGCACGAUCUUCCGUUUGUGCAAUCCUCGUAGCGGUGGCCCACCUCUCGGCACUUCAUGCAGACCACCUUGUCACAGGCGUCUGCUAGGUGGCCAUGCUCGCCACACUUACGGCACUGCUUAGGCUGGUCCUUGUAGUGAACAUGGACCCUGUUCUCUCUGAGGACUAUGGUGGAUGGGAUGGCUUUCAACCCACCAUAGCCCCCGGGAUCCUCCCUCUGCUGGACAGUGACCCUCCAGGCCCCUGUUCAGAUCCCAUCGGGAUCCUUCACCUGGGUCAGGGUCCCCCUCACGUUGUAGUACCUGCCCAACCAUACUGCAACGUCCUCCGGUUGUACAGUCUCAUUGUACAUACGGACAAUAACGGUUUUAAUGCUAUUGUCCGUCAGCUUGGUCACCUCAAAUAUUGCUGUCAGGGACCCCUGGGUGUUCUGGAGUCUCCCCCAGAAAUCCCUCAGGAAGCUGGCGCCGGCGAAACUAACAUCGAAGCCCUUCCCAUAAGAGAGGGUUAAGAUGCAGUUCACCUGCGCAGGUCUGAAACCGAGUUCUUUUUGGAGGAAUUUUCUGGAGAAGUCCAAUUGGGACAACUCCAUUGUUUUCCCUCCCUUCUCCUUUUAAAAGGAGGUGCAUGGCGUGGUGCCUCCGCAUGCCAGCCUGUGCUGCUGACAUGGAGGCCCACUCCCUUUGUCCCACCAGCAGUGAGAAAAAAAAAGGGGGGGAAGUGUAAACACCAGAGGAAUCUGGCAGGCCCAGCUAUGCUAGGCUAACAGGGCCUACCAACACCAAGGGACACAAAAUAAACUGAUAAGAACAAUUUUUAUUUUGGAAAAGUUUUUAUUGAUUCAUUUUCCUUUUAAAACAGCUCACAUUUUUUAUUCAUUUAUACACAUAAAAACGGCAUAAAAUGCAUAAAAAUCAGCAUUAUAUGACAUUUAAAAGGUACAAGUUGUUUAUUUAAAACAAUAAAGCAAUCAUGCAUAAAAGUACCCUUUCUUGUAAAAGCCAAUCUAUAAAAAGCCAUUUAAAAUGUGCAUAAAUGAUUUAACAAAGUAUAAAAAUGUUAAGACAUGGAAAGCCUGUCAAAAGUCACUUUGUUAAAAAGCUGUCUUUGGUCCUUUGUACAAGAACGGGGUGAGUCCUUAUCAAAAAAGCCUCUUCCUGAAUUGACUUCGUACCCAUCCGUCGGGGCCCAGAGGAGAGCCCUCCCCUAGGCGCAUCGCCCUAGGCUCCGCAGUGCUGUCAGGCCGUGGCCUUAGGUGUUGUGGGGGACCCUUCGCCUGGGGUAGUUAAGAAAUGAUAAAAACAGAUGAUUUAAAGUUUUAUUCUACCUUUUAUACAUCCAAAUGGUGAACAAUUUAUACAUUUAUAACAUACCCAUACAAAACGUUUUUAUAACAAAAAAGCCACUGGUUUUCACAACAUUGUACCACCACAUCUUAACAUACACCAUAAUCUAUUUCACAGUUGAACUAUCAGCACGUCAAAACCAUUUUCCAACCUACUGACAUUUCCCCCAUUCUCAAUUUAUGGUACUUGGUAACAUAAUUUGUAUGGCUCAUAAACACACGGUAUUGGUGUUCAACCUGCGCCUGACCCCUGUUCCUUUGCAGGGGACCGCAGCGAACUAAAACCACUAUACAUCAGUAAACCUAACACAUCAAUAUCCCACAACUGCCUACCAAUAACUACCUUCUAGGACUUACCUAUCUGACCAGCCCUAGUCCCCCUUUCCACCGCUCUAUGGCGGCAUGGUGACCCCACUUCCUCUCCUCCCUCCUUAUCCUCCCUCUCAAAUCUCCCUCCACUCUCCUCACUAUUCCCUCCACCCCACAGUUUGCCCCCGACUUUACCAAACCUUGCCUAGCAUCCCACAGCCCUUGUUUACAGUUUUUUUCAAUUGUUUACACGCGAUUUUGAAAACAGAGUUCUUUUUGUCAAAAUAUAAUCACAAUUAUCCAAACACCACAAUCAAUUAGCAAAAUUCCUAGAUUGUUUGCAAAAUGACACACUUCAGUCAAAACAUAUACACAUAUUUGUGAAAAUGCUAUUUGUUUUCAUUUAACCAACACAGUCAUCAAUGAUCAUACACUAUUGCAGCCAGUUUCACACUGCUGUGAUAAAUAAAAAACACAUUUGUAAAAAAAAAAAAUAAUAAGAUUUUUGGCCAGACAUUCUUACUGUAUGUGAGAGAUAAUUUAGGUGACAAAAAAUAGUGAGAAACUCACAACAUUAUUCAUGAUUUGUUUUGAGAUAUAAGGAGAAUGUAAACAAAUACUGUAGGCCUACUAUAACCUUACCAAGCACUGCACAACACUUGAUGCUGCAGACUGAAUAUUUCAAGUAUGUAUUUCAAUACUUACAGUAUUUCUUACCAUAAUCAGUUACAGUAAUCAACCAACAAUGAUAUCAAUUACUGUAAACAAAUAAAAUCCGUAGACAAAUAAAAAUUACUGCAUGAAUUACAGUACAUACACUUUGACUCUAAAGAAAAGUAAAGUAAAAGUAAACAGAAAUGAAAGAGAACUACUGUAAAAGCAACAAGAAUACUGUAACUAUCCGUCUCUCCGUCUGGCUGGAUCAGGCCAUAACAUUUCAUCCACAUCACAGGCUAUGUCUUCAUUGGCAAGGCACCGUUGGAAGAAUCGCCUUGUGUGACGAAUCCACCCCUGCACUGAAGCUGCUUCAAUAAGAUCACAUGCCUGUUCCAUGGCCUGAAUGAGGGGCAAACGGUCAUAAGGCCGCAGGUCAUAUACCUUCCACCGCCACGCUGAAAAAAAUUAUUCUAUAGGAUUCAGGAAGGGGGAGUAUGGGGGAAGGUAUAAAACUUCAAAAUCAGGGUAAUCAUGGAACCAGUUCUGGACUAGAGCAGCCCGAUGAAAUGAGACAUUGUCCCAAACGACAAUGUACCGCAUCUGGUCCACUUGGUGUAAUGCUGUGACAAUCUCAUGCAAUCGGUCAAGAAAUGCAAGUAUCAGAUUUGCAUUAUAGGGUCCCAGAUUUGCAUGGUGGUGGAGGACCCCAUUUUGUGUGAUAGCAGCGCAAAGGGUGAUGUUACCCCCUCGCUGCCCUGGCACAUUGGUGAUUGCCCUGUGCCCAAUUACAUUUCUCCCUCUUCUUCUUGUUUUUGCAAGCUUAAAUCCAGCCUCAUCCACAUAUAUAAAUUCAUGUUGAAUUUCAGCAGCAUCCAUUUGCAAGACUCUCUGAAACACAUUAAAGAAAAUAGGAUGCUAUUCAAUAUCUAUAGCACAGUAUUUUUUUGUGACAGAACAUUAUGAGCAGUGCAUGAUACCACACCAUAGUCAGAUGAACAAUGCAUACCUCCACAUACUCAUUGCGCAGAUGUUUCACUCUCUCUGAAUUUCUGUCAAAUGGUACCCGAUACAGUUGCUUCAUGUAUAUUUGAUUUUUCUUUAGGAUUCGACCUAAUGUUGACAGAGAGACUAGUUGGAUGUUAUUGAAAAUAUUGUCAUCAUUGAUGAUAUUGGCUUGGAUUUCUCGUAGCCUGAUACAAUUAUUGGCCAAAACCAUGUUCACAAUGGCGGCCUCUUGUGCACGACUAAACAUAGGGCCCCUUCCACCUUGGUGUCCUCGACCCUCAAUCCUAUGUAAAAACAAGAUAAAAAUAAAUAAAUAUAUAUAUAUAUAUAUAUAUAUGCAGCCUACUGUCAAAUGUCACAGUAAACAAUAUUGAUUAUACAAGCUUCAGUUUCAAUGUAUACUGUGUGGUUAGCUUACCUGUUUUCUCGAUGAAAUGUCCGAAGUACUGACGCAACAGUAUUUCUGCUGAGAUUUGGUUGAACUCUUUGUCCAGCUUCCAUCAGUGUCAGUCCAUGGUUGAUAACAUGGUCAAUAAGUGUUGCACGGAUUUCUCGAGUCAAAUUUGGUCCUCGUCUUCUUUGUUCAGGUUCUAUCAACUCUUCAAGUCCUUCUCUACCUCUUCCUCUACCUAGGUGUCUUCCUCUACCUCCUUCUCUUCCUCUACCUUCUUCUCCUCUACAUAUGCCUCUUCCUCUACCUCCUUCUCCUCUUCCUCUACCGCCUUCAUCUCCUCUUUGAGCUCCCCCUCUCAUUCUCACUCUUCUUCUUCUUCUAACUCCUUCCAUUUUUGUUGAAGACAGGUGAACUCACCUGCUGCCUUUUAUAGCACACCUGAGUGCUGCGUUUUCAAAUUAGCACAUGUGUGCUUCCACACCUGGUAGAUGUGUUUAUCCAAUUCGUUCAUUAGUGUGGUAAUUGGCAAUCCGGUGCUUUGUAAUUACAAGGAAGUAACCUCACAAUCCUUAUCUGUGUCUAAGGUGUGAAAAUGUGUGUAGAGUUUUACAAAUCACUGUGUGUAAUGUUUUGCAAAAAGGGUGAGGCGGACAUUGUGUGUAAUGUUGUGCAAAUCUGUGGAGGUGUUUUGCUCAUUGGAGUACAAUUUUGCUAAUUGUGUGGAAAUUUUAAUUUUAGUGUGUAAACAAUCGUAAAAAACUGUAAGAAGGCUGAUGAUCAGCCACAACAAAAAACGUUCCCUACUUGCCCCUCCUGCUCUCCCUAUUCCUCUCUCCACCCUCGCCCAUGUUAAAACAAAAUCCCCCUUAACUCUACCUAGUCAACACUGUGCCCUGGCCCACACUACUCCUGCGAAAGCACAGUCCCAGUACAUGUGGCGUAUCGUCUCCUCCCCAACGCAAGUUGGUCUCAGACACUGAGGGGAUCGUGCCAAACUGUGCCGGUACAUGAUGGAUCUUACCGGCAAGCACUUGUGGAGGCUUAACCAAUUUAGAUCCUUUAGGCGGUUGUCCAAAACCCGCACCUGUAUGUUCUCCCAGACCACAGCAGGGGUACCCACCACAGGGGCUGCACAAACGCUACGUCUAACCUCCUCGUACAGGUGUCUGUGAUCCAGGGGCCUCAUGUAUCAAUCUUGCGUACGCACGAAAACACGGCGUACGCCAGCUUUCACGUUCACGGUCAGAUGUACUAACAGUGAAAUUAACGUAAGAAUGUGCGUUCUUCCACGUAAACUUCAGGCCUGGCGUACGUACAUUUUUGUGAUGUUUGUCCGUUGGCGACUCAUAGAGGCAAUAAAGUGAAGUGGCAAACAUUACACUACGAACUGUUCUAUCGGACCUGCCAGAUAUACUUUAUAAUUUGUAAUUGAUAAAUGAUUUGCCAUAUUAUUGUCACGAGUCUUAUUAGAAUAUUCUAUUAAUUAUGCAAUUAAGUAAGAACAUAUAUAAAGGAUGUGAAAAUUGAUACAACCCGUCUAGCAAUGGCAGCUUUGGCUUUAUUAGAAGACAUUUUCAAUGGACAAAUCCGGAGAGAACGAGUUUUUAGGGACCACGGUGAUUUUCUGGCCCACGACGAUGACUGGCUCAUCAGCCGUUUCAGAUUUCCAAGGGCUAUACUCUUGGAGCUCUGCGCUGAGUUGGGUCCGAAUUUGGAAAGAGAGACAGUGAGGAGCCACGCAUUACCCGUUCCUUUACAGGUGCUUACUACACUUGGUUUCCUAGCAACCGGUUCUUUCCAAAGAGAACUGGCAGACCGCUCAGGAAUAAGCCAGUCGUGUUUGAGCCGUGCAAUGCCACCUGUAUGGGACGGCAUCAUCCGCUUGUCUACCAGGUAUAUAACGUUCCCAUACGAUGCAGGUGACCAGCCAAACAUCAAAGCGCAAUUUGCAGCGAUAGCCGGUUUUCCUAAUGUAAUCGGAGCGAUCGACUGCACACAUAUUGCUAUAAAGGCGCCAACUGAAGACGAAUUUGCAUAUGUGAAUCGGAAACAUUUCCAUUCAAUAAAUGUGCUGAUUAUAUGUGAUGCAUAAAUGCGCCUAAUAAAUAUUGUGGCAAGGUGGCCUGGGUCAACCCAUGAUUCAUAUAUCCUUACAAACAGCAUGGUUGGGAUGAGACUCCAAGCUGGCAGGGUGCGUGAUGGGUGGCUACUUGGUAAGUUAUGCAUUUAAAUGUAUGGUUCUAUCUAAAAGUAAAAUGUUUGUGUCUGUAAUUAUUAUUACUGCCCAUCAGGAGACAGUGGUUAUCCACUAAAGACGUGGCUGUUAACCCCCCUCACCAACCCACAAACUGACCGAGAGCGCAGAUACAAUGAUGCCCAUUCCCGCACUCGGUCAGUUGUGGAGCGGGCGAUUGGGCAGCUGAAAUGUCGGUGGCGCUGCCUUGACAGGACCGGGGGGAUGCUGUUAUACCGCCCUGACAAGGUUUGCCGCAUCAUACUGGCCUGUGGAGUGCUGCACAAUGUCGCGCACAGGCAUGGCAUACCCCUUGGUGAGGUGGGGGCACCGCCAGAUGACCCUGACCCAGGACCAGUAUAUGUGCAGCACAAUCAACAAGCCAUUCAGGCCCGUCAACGUGUAAUUGCGACAAUAUAAAUGGUACUCAGACACAAAGUUCAUUUUUUUACCAAUUCUUUUAAUGAAUGGCUUAUUUCUGUGAGUGCGUCAGUGACAUUUUUAAGGUGACUGUUCAUUUCUUCAAUGGCCCUAACAAUUUGUUGUUGUGACUCCAGAACAGCAUGCGUCAAGACACGGCCAGAUGGACGGGUUUCAGCACUGGGGGGGAACAUUAGAGACAUGGGAGACGCUGGACUGAAUGGGCUCUGGCUGCUCAGGUGGUGCGGACUCUGAGUGCGUGCCAGUGGACGUUCCUGCGGUUCCUAAGUCCAAUUAAACACAGGCACAUCUUAACAGUAAUUUGAGUCUGUUCCUUAUUAAUGGGUACACGCAUUUGCAAUAAAAGCAGUGGAUACGUGAAAUCUCUGGUGUACCUUUUGCUAUAUUGCAUGCAUUUUAAAAUUAAACGGUGGCUGGCUAUGUAUAUCAAAGUUAAGGAAAUAAAUCUGAGUCACCUUGCUGGCAGUCCUGUAGUAUAUCCGAGUCUCCUACAUCAGCGGAUACGAUUCCAGAGAUUAACGUGUCUCCUACAUCAGCGGAUACGAUUCCAGAGAUUAACGUGUCUCCUACAAUAGAGGCAACUCUCUGAUCAAAGGGUGCAAGUUCAUCGGUCCCUGUACCACCGCCUGUUCUGCCCACACUUUGUCGGUGCGCAGCAGUUCUCCGCUUAACUUCCACCUUUAUGUCUGACCAUUUCUUCUUCAGUUCAUUUACGGUGCGACUCUCAGAUCCCACCGCGUUGACGGCAUCAGACAAACUCGCCCACUCUUUUUUCUUUCUUUUGUUAUUAAUUCCAGAGGACAGAUUUCCAAAUAAUUUUUUUUUUCUUGUUUCUACCUCUGAUAGUAGCACCUCUAAUUCGUUUUCAGUGAAAUUUCGUUUCUUGCUUGCUUUAGCCAUGUUCUUGCAGGUUUCUUUUGCCAAAUUGGACUAAUUACCAUAUUUAAAUUGAUUUAAUUGAGGGAGGAGACAGGGUGUGGUGUGGUGCUCGUGCAUGUGCGCUCAAUUUCGCGUUGAUUGGGAUGUACAAAGAGAAUGUAUGUGGAAUGCUGCGUACGCAGAGAUUCGUACAUCAGAUUUUUUUGGUGCGUACGCACAUUUAUGGCUUUGUCCGUACGCAAUGUUUUAGUAUGAAUUCAACGCAAGUCUUUGUACAUGAGGCCCCAGGUGUCUGUGACUUCAACCUCUGGAUGCGCACGCAGCCACUUCGCCGCAUGGCUGAAGUGCCACGGCAGCUGUUCAGCCCGAGGACCCGUGUUGGACCACACCAUUACACUUCUCGCCUGGUAUGAGAAGAACACCCACAGAAAAUAACCGGAGGAAUGAAUCACCGAGCUCAUUCAACAAAAACGAAACAAAAAUCGAGUCCAGCUUGAGUGGGAAAUGUGGGACUCCGCUCCCACCCUCCCUAAUGGUUGAGAGCAUGCGAGCCCUGGCGACAUACUCAUACCUGCCCCCCCACAUGAACUGAAACAAGCCAUACUAGCCCCCUCCUCAUGCUCGCUGGCAAUGGAUAAAUGUAUGCCAAAUACAGACGGGAAGGCAGUACAUCCACCUUCAGGACCAGGACCUUGCCCAAGAAAGACAAAGAUAUGGCCUUCCACAUUGCAAGCUUCCUCUGCACCACAGCAACCCUAAUGUUGCAGUUCAGUGUCGCAGAGCCGGAGGUCUCAAAGUGGACCCCAAGAAUCCUCAGGGCCCCAUUACAGAAAGAUAGUCCACCGGGCACGUCCGUCCUGCCCCACCAUCUGCCAAAAUACUUAACCUCGCCAAGUCGUCUGUUAAGGACCGCUCCCGACGCGCGGGUGAAGUCUCCAAUUAUGGCCAGAGACCUUAGCAGGCAUGAGUCCUUGCAAAAAAGCAAGGUGGUGUCAUCGGCAUACUGUGUCACCUUAACAUGCAAACCGCCGCUCCCAGGGACAAGCAAACCCUCCACCCCUGCGUCAGCUCUAAUAGCAGCCGCCAGGGGCUCCAUAUAGAGCACGAAAAGGAGUGCCGAGAGCGGGCAUCCCUGCCUGACCCCUGAGGAGUGGCCAAACACGUCACCCAGAUGGCUGUUUAUGCUCACCCUCUACCCACAUACAAAAUCUUGAUCCACUUUAUAAAGUGAUCACUAAACCCUAACCUACCUAACACUCUGAAAAGAAAAACCCUACUGACGCGAUCGAAAGCCUUUGCCUGAUCAAGUGCCGCUACAAUUAGAGGCAGUCUUCUAUCCUCAACCCAGGCGAUGGAGUCCCUGAUCAGUUGGAGGUUCCACCUAAUGGAACGGCCUUCCACCCCACACGUUUGAUCCUCAUGGACAACAUAGGGAAGGGCUGUGCGCAAACGGUCUGCCAUGACCUUAGCUAGUAUUUUAUAAUCUACGCACAACAUGGUCAACGGCCGCCAGUUGCUAAGGUCUGCGGUGUCUCCCUUCUUGUAGAGGAGGGACAGCACACCUACAGCCAUUGACCUGCCCGGAACUCCAGUCUCGAGAACGGCCGUCAGGACUUCGAGUACCACCGGUCCAAGCAUACCCCAAAAUUUGAGGUAAAACUCAGUCGGCAGCCCAUCCAUCCCAGGCACCUUCCCUUUCCACAUCCUCUUGAGGGCACUCUCCACCUCCUCUAGUGUUAUCGGGGCCUCCACCGCCUUUUUAAUGUCCUCCGGCACACGCUGGGACAAAUGUUCUAAGAACACGGUACCCUGCUCUUCCUCUACUACCCUCUCCUGGAAAAACCUCUGGAAAUGGUCAGUUGCCACCCUGACCAUCUGUGCCAGCUCCCUGACUAUCCUACCCUGUCUAUCCCUCACCCCAUAAAAAAACUGUCUUUCCUGCUUUUCCCUAACUGAUUUAAAAAACACUGCAGAGCAGGUCUCAUUCUGCUCUAUGAACUCGGAGUGUGCACGCUGCAGGAAAGCACGGGCCUUCCGCUCAUGCACCUCCCUGAGUUGAGCCUUUAGGCUGGUUGCACGCUCAACAUCCAUCGAGCUCCCGAGGUUGCCUGCCUCGUACUCGAGCUCAAGUAAACGUUGGAGCUGUUCCACCUCCCUUCUCUCACCUUCCUGUUACAAAACCCACUAAUAAAACCCUAAUCCUGACUUUGGCUAUCUCCCACCACUCCAACACCCCUCCGCACAUAGGACGGACACCCUCAAGCCCCCGAAAAAAAACGGAAAAAGUGUUGAUGAAAGCUCGCUCCUCCAGGAUAUCCCGGUCGAGCUUCCAUUACCCCCUACCGAAAAGGCAGACAGGUGCUUUGACCCUAAAACAAACCCUGUCGUGGUCCGAGAAAAACACAGGCAACAACCGCCCAGACAAAAGCCCCAGGGAUUUGGGUAGGAAGACGUAGUCCAGCCUCCUCACAAAACCCGGGAGUUACACCACGUGGGGCCUGCCAGCGCCGGAGUAGUAUUAAGGCCGCCAUCCACCAGGCCAUGGCUUGCCAUAAGUCCGGUGAUGGCCCCUACACUACCAUCUGCUACCCCUCCUAAAUCUACAUUAAAAUCCCCUCCCACUACCAAAACCCUGUUUGUGGCACACAGGGCUGCCAGAAGCUCCACCAUCUCCCUUCUCUCUGGCACCGUCUGUGGCCCGUAUACCCCUAUAACCCUUAGUCUAAAAUCCCCUAAUACUAUGUCCACCCCCAAUACCCUCCCCUGCAUCGCUACGUAUGUUCCUUCCACCUUCACCUCCCUUGUGCCAAACAAAAUCCCAACCCCUGCUGAGUGUACUCCCCCCACACUCCACACUGACUUCCCUUUAACCUACUCUUUUAAAAAUUGUUCCACAUCCCCCCCAUCUCUCAAAUGCACCUCCUGCAAAAAAUAAAAAGUAAAACUUAUGUUGGACAACCAACUAAAAACGGCCCUUCUUUUUAUGUUGUCAUUAUUUUAAUGUUUGCCAUUUUCCCAAACUAAUAGAAAAAACAGCCCUAUACAAUAGUCAUGCACUUACUCUGUCCGGUUGGUACCUGUCCUCAUCAGACAGGGAUGCUACUCCAGCAGCUUUCGGAGGCCCCCCCAACUCUCCCACUCCCCGUAUCCCCCUCCUGAGAACCCCGAGACGUGGGGAAGGGGUUGGGGAUGAGGGGUACCGGCGUCCCAGAGCUUGCCUGAGACACCCCAUCCCCUGAUGGCCAAAACAGUUCAGGGGACGACCGGAUCUCCUCCAUGGUGAGAAAUGGGAGAGCUGAGUCCUGUGAUGACAGGGGCUCCAGCUUGGCCUCACUGAUCAUCCCCCCAAACACUUGUACACCCACGUGCGAGGGCUCCUGACCCUCACUCUCCGAGGUUGCCCCACCCACACACCCCCCCUCCUGUGAAACCCAAGACAAGGGGAAAGGAUUGGGGAUGGGGGGGUCCCAGAAAAUGCCCUGAGACUCCCCAUCUCCAGCAGGCUUCACCAUCACCCUGGUCUCCAGGUCUACGUCCACCUGGAUGAGUUGGAUCGAUGA